CCCUCCCAUUCAGCCCGCCGCCGGGAGCUCUGCCCACGCCUCGCACAAGCCGUCGCGGCCCCGCCCAGCCUCUUGCCUCUGCCAGGUGCCGGGCUUGCUGUGUAUUUUCCCGCCAUUUCCAGCUCUUGGUGAGGAGAACUGGAUGAUUUCGAAUGGAUUGGUUUCACUGUAACCAGUGUUUCCGAAAAGAUGGGGACCAUUUCUUUGUCACCAGCUGUGGGCAUAUUUUCUGUAAAAAGUGUGUGACUCUGGAAAAAUGUACUCUUUGUGGAACUGCUUGCAAGCAUCUGGCUCUUUCUGGUAAUCUGAAACCUCAGGAGAAGAUAUACUUCAAAAGCCCUGUGGAGACAGCCCUGCAGUAUUUUAGUCACAUCUCUCAGGUGUGGCGUUUCCAGAAGAAACAAACAGAUCUCCUCAUCGCCUUUUAUAAGCAUAGAAUUACAAAGUUAGAAGCAGCCAUGCAGGAGGCACAGCAGACAGUGACCAGCCAGGAAAAAGAACUGUCAGUCUUAAAGAAGGAGAAUGCAGAACUGAAGAAAUGUCUUGCCAUUCUAAAGGAAUCUCCAAAUUGGUACCAAGGAAGCAGGUCAGCCACACCUCGACCAGUGGGCAUUACUUCUCCAUCACAGUCAGUCACUCCACGACCCAGUUCUCAGCAUAGCAGCCAGGUGGUCAGUCGAUCCUCCUCAGCGGAGUCUAUCCCUUACAGAGUAUCUGGCUUCAGUAGCUUGGGAGCAGGAGCCAGAGGCCUGCAGGGAAGAAGCACUCCCAGGGACUCUUAUAUUGAAACCCCUUCACCAUCUUCUACUCAUAGCCUAUCUUAUAGGCCUUCACCUGCCUCUUCUGGACAGGGGAUUUUUUCUUUCAGACCAUCCAUAAAUGGUAGUGAUUCAGGCCACACAAGAGUCCUCACCCCCAACAAUUCAGGUCAGAGGGAAAGCAGAACCCCACUAGAGAGUCUUCCUGGUUUCCAGCUACCAGUCCAACAGGGUCCUAAUUCUAAUGAGCAGUGGAGGAAACCAGGAUAUCCAUGAUUUUAUGCUUUUUAUAUUUUGGGAGUUGGAAAUAAUUCCAGAAUGGAUUAUGCUGUUAAAACAAAAAAAAGGAUGAAAAUCACAGCUUUAGAAUUGAAUCCAUAAUUUGGACAUAAAUCCUUUUUGAUUGCCAGAUGAAUUGCCAAUGUAGUAGUAGCUCUACUUUUAGUCUCCAGGUUUAUCCCAGACACAGCUGAGUGGCCUGUGAGCAAUUGUUUGCACAGCCAGGUGCUAAGCCACCAUUUAGACACUGUGGCCCGUUAAGACCACCACCAAACCUAAGGUGGAGAAUACUUUAUGACUGCAACAUUUGACAUCUACUUAACCUUAUUUGUGUCCUUUUUUUUAAGGACACAAUUACACUUUAGAUAAGAGAAAACUGUACCAUAAGGAAUAAAGCAGUCCAGUGUAAGGAUGAAGACUGCCGGACAGGAAAUAAGGCAGGCACAGCUAUAAGCCUUACAAGGAAGCAUUUUGCUUUCGUUCAUGUGGUGUGUUAUCCUCCAGAUUCCCAUGGUAUCAGUUUGAUGUUUCAGUAUAAUAUACAGUAAUGCAAAUACCAAAUUUGGUGUACUGUAUGCAUCCAGUUUUCUAAUUACACAAAACAAAUUGCGGAAGAUUUCCUGAUAUAGAAUGGUGACUUAAAUCAAGGCACAGCUGUAUAGCUACCUGGUACCUCCCUGGAAGAAUCUGCCUUUGACAUAGGAAGAAACUACAACCAGAGUGUGGCUCAUGAGAACUAUAAUGAGGAGGGUAGACCUCACAGUAGUCAAAACCACAGUGAAGACACUAUGGUGUCUUGUGUUCUUGCGCCUCCAGCUGGAAGGGGAAGAAAAAGAAGGGAAUCAAAACUGGGGAAAUAAGGACUCCUAUGGGCAGAGAUGAUAGUGAUGGUGGGAUUAUCAAUUCUGAAUAAUUACUAAAUUUGUACCCUUAUUAAAUAUGCUGGAUAUGCCCUACUGCUACAUCAAGCAGCUAAUAAAAAAAUAUGAGAAAAACAUAUAUAGAGAGAAUAACAACACCCUUCUUUCCCUUUGGGCUUUCCAUACCCAUGGACAGGCAGCAGAAAAGAAUGGGCUACCUUAAACUUCCAGUCUAGGUGUCCAUACAAGUCUAGGAAAAGAGGUGUUCACAACUUUAGGCUUGAGCCUAAACUUAUGGUUAAAGCAGAAGACAGUUCAAAUGAAAAACUAAUGAUCCUGCAAAGUUACCCUCUAUCUUUAUUCAAAGAAUUGAAAUACUCCCUGAAAUGUGUUUUGGUGAUAGUUUUAAGGACCUUAGAGAAUUUUUAGUGGUAUUCAACUUAUGUGCUGCUUCUCAACUUUUUGGAUCAUGAACCUCUUUGAGAAUCAGAUAAAGGUAUGGACUCUCCCUCAGAAAGUUAUGACUACCCCCCCCCCCAUAAACAUCCAAACUCACACAUUAUAUAUAUAAUCUCAGAAGCCCCAGUUAAGAACCUCUGAAUUAUGUCCUCCCAACUUAAUAAAAAAAAAAAAAAGCAGUUUUUUUAUGGUAUGUUUUAGAAAAGCAGUUUUCUAUGGUAACUGCUUAAAGAGGAAAUACAGCUUGAU